AUGACCCAUAUUGACAAUAAUGCGCUUUUUUAUGGUGACAUUGAUUUUCAUGAUUAUAUAUACAUCUUAAGAAAAUUUAUUUCUUAUAAAAUAUAUUUAAAGAAAGGCAAAAUUACAAUGAAAGUAAAAAAUUAUCCCAUUGAUAAUGAAUAUAUAAUUGACUGGCAGUCAGAACUUGGUGUUGGUAUUAAUGGUAAAGUAAAAUCAUGUGUAAAUAAAAAAACAAAAGAAAAUUAUGCUUUAAAAAUUUUAAAAGAUGGUCAUAAAGCUAGACAAGAAAUUGAACUUCAUUUAUUAGUAUCACAACAUCCUAAUAUUGUAAAAAUAUAUGAUGUUUUUGGUAAUAAUAUUGGUGGUAUAAAUUAUUUACUUGUUAUCAUGGAAUUAAUGAUGGGAGGAGAAUUAUUUGAAAGAAUUCAAAAAAAAAUUUGCAAUGGUUUUACAGAAAAAGAAGCUUCUGAAGUUGUUUGUAAGAUAUGUCAUAUAGUAUCAUAUUUACAUGAUAUGGAUAUAGCUCAUAGAGAUAUUAAACCUGAAAAUUUAUUAUUUACAAAUGAAAAUGAAACAUCUAUUCUUAAAUUGACAGAUUUUGGAUUUGCUAAACGGUGUUCAACUGAAGAUGAAGUUUCUCUUGAAACACCAUGCUACACACCAUUUUAUGUCGCACCAGAAGUUUUAUCUUCAUCAAAAUAUUGCAAAAGUUGUGAUGUAUGGUCAAUUGGAAUAAUAACAUAUAUACUUUUAUGUGGUUAUCCACCAUUUUAUUCAACUAAUGGUCAACCAAUUUCUCCUGGAAUGAAAGCACGUAUUAGAGAAGGUCAAUUUGAUUUCCCAGCUCCAGAAUGGGAUAUGGUGUCUGCUGUUGCAAAAGAUUUUAUUAAAAAAUUGUUAGAAAUUGAUCCAAAUACCCGAUUAACUGUUAAAGAAGCUCUUGAACAUAAAUGGAUAAAACAUUUUAAUAAAAUUCCAUUUAUUUUUGAAGUUGAUAAAAAUUUUGAUAAUAAAAUUGAAUGGCAUAAAAUAAUUGAUCAAAAUAGUGAUGAUGAUGAUGAAACAUCGCAAAAAAAAUCGGUAAAAAGAGAGGUCCAACUUAAAAGUCUCCCUGAAUCAAAUAACCCAUUAUUUUUAAAACGUCGUGAGAAAAAAGAAUAA